AUGCUCAAGCCCAAGGACCUGUGCCCCCGAGCGGGUACGCGUACCUUUCUGGAGGCCAUGCAGGCGGGCAAAGUGCACCUGGCCCGCUUUGUGCUGGAUGCGCUGGACCGCAGCAUCAUCGACUGCCGCGCGGAGCAGGGCCGCACACCGCUCAUGGUGGCCGUGGGCUUGCCAGACCCCGCGCUGCGCGCGCGCUUUGUGCGACUACUGCUGGAGCAGGGUGCAGCAGUGAACCUGCGGGACGAGCGCGGCCGCACGGCGCUCAGCCUGGCGUGCGAGCGCGGCCACCUGGACGCCGUGCAACUGCUGGUGCAGUUCAGCGGCGACCCCGAGGCGGCCGACUCGGCGGGCAAUAGCCCGGUGAUGUGGGCGGCAGCGUGCGGCCACGGGGCGGUGCUCGAGUUCCUGGUGCGCUCUUUCCGCCGCCUCGGCCUGCGCCUCGACCGCACCAACCGGGCGGGCCUCACGGCGCUGCAACUGGCCGCCGCCCGCGGCCACGGGACCUGUGUGCAGGCCCUCACCGGGCCCUGGGGCCGCGCAGCCGCCGCCGCCGCGGCCCGGGGCUCCAACUCCGACAGCCCCCCUGGCCGUCCGGCUCCCGCGCCCAGCCCGGAGCGCAGAAGACCCAGCCCCCGCCGCCUACCGCGGCCUCUCCUGGCGCGCUUUGCUCGAGCGGCCGGCGGCCAUGGUCACGGCGGCGAGGCUGGCUCAGGGGUUAAGGGCUUCGGUCGGCACCGGGCUCAGGGCAGCGAGCGGCCGGAGCUGGGCCGGAGCAUGAGCCUGGCGUUGGGUGCCGUGACCGAGGAGGAGGCGGCUCGACUGCGGGCGGGAGCCCUGAUGGCACAAUCACACUCGCCCCAGUCUUCAGGCGUUGGGCGGUGGCGUUCGCAGGAGGUGCUGGAGGGAGCGCCCCCAACCUUAGUGCAAGCCCCCGUCGGCCUGAGCCCCCACCCCGAGGGCGGCCCCGGCUCUGGCCGCUUGGGUUUGCGCCGACGCUCUACAGCUCCAGACAUCCCCAGCCUGGUCGGGGAAGCACCUGGGCCCGAGAGCGGCCCAGAAUUAGAGCCCAACGCUCUGCCCCAUUCGGUGCCUGGGCCUCAGCCUUGGCAGGCGGGCACGGAGGCCGUGGUGCUGCACGCUCAGCGGUAA